AUGGUAUUUAUUUUCCAGACCUUCAACAACAUUUACAAAAUGUCAACAAAAGUACUAAACAAAUUACAUGUGAAAUGUCGAAAUUCUGUCUAUCCUCGUACCUCGGAUAUACAAAGAUUUCCAGUUCCUGAUGAUAAAGUUGACUGGAAUGUAUCUUGGCCAGAAUAUCAGCCUGUAGCAUAUACUACUCCAGGAAUAUCAAAGAAACCAUGGGCUGAUCCAGAUAUACAGCAUGAUAAAAAUGCUGUUAUUCAAUUCAACAAAAUCGAUGGUAUCCUGGAUAGGACAAGUUUUAUGGGUCCGUAUAAGUUUAGUGCUGAUGGCCUACCACUUAAUCCAUGUGGACGUACAGGUAUUACAGGAAGAGGAGUUCUUGGUCGUUGGGGGCCGAAUCAUGCGGCUGAUCCAAUCGUAACAAGGUGGAAAACUGACGAAUCUGGUAAUCGAUGUUAUGAUCCAUCUACUAAACAUCCAAUUCUUCAAUUUGUAUCUAUUCGUCGUAAAGAUUCUGGUGAAUGGGCUAUUCCUGGAGGUAUGGUAGACGCUGGUGAACAGUAUACUUCAACGCUAAAAAGAGAAUUUUCUGAAGAAGCUUUAAACUCGACAACAGCUUCUGCAGAAGAACUUCAAAAAAUUAAAAAACGUGUCGAUGAUGCUUUUCAACAUGGAGUUGAGAUUUAUAAAGGUUAUGUAGACGAUCCACGGAAUACAGACAAUGCAUGGAUGGAGACAGUGGCAGUGAAUUUUCAUGAUGAACAAGGCGAUUCUUUAGCUUUGUUUCCUUUGACUGCAGGUGAUGAUGCUGACGCCGUCAGAUGGACAGACAUCAGUUCUGAACUACGCCUUUAUGCAAGUCAUCGUGAUUUCAUUCAACUGGUAGCCAGUUUAAGAAAUGCAAAAUGGUGA